AUGUUGGAAAAGCUUGUUAACAGCAGCGCCCUGGCCCUGCUCUCGUCCUCCAUCACAUCAGCUGUCCUUCUUUCCUCGACUUUCAUGCUCUUCGCGGCCUACUUGCUCAGGAAUAACAGACCUACGGCAAAGGAGAGCCAUGCCAAAUCCACGGGGUAUUUCAGCAAAUGGUCGCUCUUCACCCUCGGGCUGGGGCGGUGGAGGGAGCGACUGCCGCCUGGUCCGCAGGCAUGGCCGAUACUGGGCGAUAUACCAACAUUGGUGAAAAUGGGGAAGGAAUAUGGGGCGGGGGCGCUGACGGAACUGGCCCGGAGAUAUACGACAAGUACGUCGAGUUCUAGUCUUGUCAUUAUUGUAUUAAUAUAUUGUUUUCAUCUUUUGCCCAUUCCAGGUAGUAUAGCAUGGCAGAAUGGCGAACCUUGGAAGGAACAUCGUCGUUUCAUGAACAAAACUCUACGAACCCUUGGUAUGGGGAGCAGUCUGAUGGGUGAACGGAUCCACGAAGAAUGUCUCCACAUGUGUGAUUACCUUGAUAAACAAGGGGAAACCCCCAUCAACCCUGAACAAAUGAUGGUCUGCAUGACCUGCAACAUCAUGAGUGCCAUCGUCCUGGGGAAGCGCUACGACUUCGACGACGCGCGAUUCGUGAAGUUGCGCAAAGACUGCAAGGAAAUCCUCACGAACCUUUCAAAUACUUCUAUCUACAACAUAUUGCCUUUCCUCUACCAUACGCGCCUGUGUAAGCUGUACAGAGAAGCCGUGGAAAACGUGACAGCCUACGUCAAGAAUGAAGUCAGAGAACACGACAGGUCAUUUAACAAUAACUCUUUACGUGACGUCGUUGAUUACUACCUGAGAGAAAUCAAGAGAGGAGAAAGGGAAAACGAAAGUGAAUGCGAAGACGAAAUCGCAGAGGAUAAGAAUGGGGAGAGAGUUCGCUACAUUAAUGAUCAGUUCUGCUGGAGAGGGGUGUUAGAUCUCCUGAUAGCUGGUGUUGACACGUCAUCCAACCAUAUGAUGUGGACCAUGCUACACCUGGCAUAUUCCCCGGAGAUUCAAGAAAAGGCUCGAGCGCAAAUCGACGAGGUGGUUAGUCGCGAUCGUCUACCGACCCUUGAGGAUCGGCCACGACUACCGUAUAUCACGGCCAUCGCUCAAGAGGUUCUCCGUACGAGCAUCGGAACAACAACGGUGCCGCACCAUACGACGCAAGACACGUAUUUGAACGAGUACUUCAUUCCAAAGGGGACUAUGGUUCUUGGCAAUCUAUGGAGUUUAAAUCAUGACCCGGAAGUGUUUGAAGAACCGCAUCUCUUCCGCCCGUCAAGAUUCCUAGCAGAAGAUGGCAGCCUAAAAGGUCUUAAUAACAUCAAAACAUUCGGUAUAGGUCCCAGGAAGUGUCCUGGUGAACCCCUGGCGCAGCAGGAAAACUUCCUCAUCAUGUCCACCCUGCUUCACCAAUAUAAACUCGUUUUGGCAGAAGGUGACCCGAUCCCUGACAUUCGUGGCCGAAUCCAGGGCAUGAUGCUUCGACCUGAUAUAUACAGGUUAAGAUUCAUACGCCGAUAGCCAACGAAACCUCCCGAAAGUCCCCGAUUCCCGACUUACAAGGCCAAAUACAGGGUAUAUGAUCGUCCAACCUGAUACGACUUGAGUUUGUACGCUGUUGUACGAGUCACCGAAGCCUUCCGAAACAUUCCGAAUCGCAACGUGUUUCCUAUCGAAUGAAUCGGAUGAAAGUGUCAGUCUAAGUAAUGUAGUUGAUGUUUUAUUUAAAUAGGUACAAUUUGACACUUACAAACUCCAAGAGAAGGGAAAAGUUAUCUUCAAUGAAUCUUUUUCCCGUUUGCAAUUAAUUUCAACUCUGCAACUGAUUGCAUGUCUGCUCCCUGGCAGUAAACUACAGACUUGUCAUGGAAAUCCACAAUCAAUUUAUUGCAAAUUAAUUGCUUAAUUUGUAAAUGUCCUAAAUAUAUAUGUAAGUAUUAUUUUAAUCAAUCUGCAAAUUUGAUUUCAGAUUUGUAUGUCAAUGUUAGGUAAAUGUGAAUUAUGAAAAAAAAUUGCUGAAUAGAACGGGAAUCAUUAUUGUUUAGUAUCACCAAAAACCUUUUAACUUAGACGACCUCAUUGGAGGUGACCAUUGUAAUCAUGAAAUCAAUUUACUGUAAUUCUUUACAAAACACUUUAAUGCCUCUAACUCACAAUAAUUGAAAUUUGAAUAAAAUGUGGAAAAUUGAAUUGUUUUACAAUCGGCAUUCAUUGCGUAAAUUUGAAGUAUAAUUAUAAUGAUCAUGGAAAUAUCUUACUGCUUUCCUUCUAGUCUCUGUGCAUAUAGGACUUCUUUAUAUCUGUUAAUAUGCUGCUGUAGAUAAAAAG